UAAAGGCCAAUGAUUAUCCAGGCCACAUCUCUAAGAAAAGUCAGUUCUCGAUCCUGUAUAAUUCCUGCCUAUCAAGGCACUUCUAGAGACUAAAACUGAUUGCCUCAUCGGUCUUUUUCCUCCUUUCAAAAGUCCGUUUGCCACCAUGGGGAUGUACCAAGUGAAAUCGAGCAGGGGGAGCGAGUGGUGACUGGCACGCCUAGUUACUGACUGCUGCUCACCUAGGCGCUAGCAAACUUAUGGUGAGAUCGAAUCUGAAUACUAAACAACCUCUUCAUUUCUCCCUGGCGCCGUUUCAGGGCCAGCGACAUAUUCCUCUGCGGGCGCGCAAUGGCCGCACCCCCUCCCACUGCGGACGGGUUCUUUGGUACAUGCAGUCCGAGGUCGCCAUGGAUCGGAUGAAGAAGAUCAAACGGCAGCUGUCAAUGACACUCCGAGGGGGCCGAGGCCUAGACAAGACCAAUGGUGCCCCUGAGCAGAUAGGCCUGGAUGAAAGUGGCGGAGGUGGUGGCAGUGACCUUGGAGAGGCUCCCACACACAUACCUCCUGGUGAACCUCGCUGUGGACGUGGCCCACUCAGCUCUGCACCAGAGAUUGUACAUGAGGACUUGAAGAUGGGGUCUGAUGGGGAGAGUGACCAGGCUUCAGCUACAUCCUCGGAUGAGGUGCAGUCUCCAGUGAGAGUGCGCAUGCGCAACCACCCCCCACGCAAGAUCUCCACUGAGGACAUCAACAAGCGCCUAUCACUACCAGCCGACAUUCGGCUGCCUGAGGGCUAUCUUGAGAAGCUGACCCUCAAUAGCCCCAUCUUUGAUAAGCCCCUUAGCCGCCGCCUCCGCCGUGUCAGCUUGUCCGAGAUUGGCUUUGGGAAACUGGAGACAUAUAUCAAGCUGGACAAGCUGGGUGAGGGUACCUAUGCCACCGUAUACAAAGGCAAAAGCAAGCUCACAGACAACCUUGUGGCACUCAAGGAGAUCAGACUGGAACAUGAAGAGGGGGCACCCUGCACGGCCAUACGGGAAGUGUCCCUGCUCAAGGACCUCAAACAUGCCAACAUCGUCACACUACAUGAUAUCAUCCAUACAGAGAAGUCCCUCACCCUUGUCUUUGAGUACCUGGACAAGGACCUGAAGCAGUACCUGGAUGACUGUGGGAACGUCAUCAACAUGCACAAUGUGAAACUGUUCCUGUUCCAGCUGCUUCGUGGCCUGGCCUACUGCCACCGGCAGAAGGUGCUACACCGAGACCUCAAGCCCCAGAACCUGCUCAUCAAUGAGAGGGGAGAACUCAAGCUGGCUGACUUUGGCCUGGCCCGGGCCAAGUCAAUCCCAACGAAGACCUACUCCAAUGAGGUGGUUACACUGUGGUACCGACCCCCUGACAUCUUGCUUGGGUCCACGGACUACUCUACCCAAAUUGACAUGUGGGGUGUGGGCUGCAUCUUCUACGAGAUGGCCACAGGUCGGCCCCUCUUCCCAGGCUCCACAGUGGAGGAACAGCUGCACUUCAUCUUUCGCAUCUUGGGAACCCCAACUGAGGAGACAUGGCCAGGCAUCUUGUCUAAUGAAGAGUUCAAAACAUACAACUACCCCAAGUAUCGAGCCGAGGCCCUUCUGAGCCAUGCACCCCGGUCCCCUUGUCCUUGUGGUAGACUUGAUAACGACGGGACUGACCUCCUUACCAAGCUGCUGCAGUUUGAGGGCCGAAAUCGGAUCUCUGCAGAGGAUGCCAUGAAACAUCCAUUCUUUCUCAGCCUGGGGGAACGGAUCCACAAACUUCCUGACACUACUUCCAUAUUUGCACUAAAAGAGAUCCAGCUACAAAAAGAGGCCAGCCUUCGGUCCUCAUCAAUGCCUGACUCAGUUGCCGGCGGACAGCAUGGCCGUGCCAGCCUCCCACACUGAGGCCAGGCCUACCCUUCCUCAUCAUACCCUCCCAGGACCACUACCCUGCGGCCAGUCAGGGGUCUGGAGCUAGCCCAGGCUGGGGCUCUCGACUCAGACAAGAAGGUAGAGGUGCCUUGGGUCUUAGGCAUCCUCUGCCUGCUUUCCUGCCUGUCCCACCUGCCUUGUUGAGUGGGCCUUUUUUGUUUGUUUCAUUCAUUGUUUUUUUUAAUUAUUUUAAAUGAGGUUUUCAUUCUUUUAAAUGCAAUAUCUCUGUAUACAGACUGGCUGGGCCCCACUUCCCUGAGUGUGGCCCUCCCACAGUAUUUUGUGCAAUGAAACCCUACUCCCAGCCUUUCAGAGGCAGGGCCAUACACAGCCCCUAUUUGAAACCCCGACCAUACAAGACCCUGGGAUCAGCUAUGGGAAAGCAUGCCUCGAACACUUGCCUUCCUCCCCCAACCUGCUAUCCCCAGCCACGGGGAUCUGGGAACUAUUGGGGACUCUAGGAGAUGGACAAGGUGGGGGCCCCACUUUUUUCUUCCUGCAGUCCUGUAGCCAGGGCCUCCUUCUCAGGGUCUCCCCAGCCCAGCCCUCCUGCCCUUUCCCACUCGGUGCUGUUGAGUAGGGGCCCUGCCAGGAACUGACCAACUCAGUGAGGAGCCAUAGUGUGUAUAUGUGCACACCCAGGGACAGAGGGGCACAUGGGGGAUUGUGCCCAGGUGUUGCCCCCUAACCCCUGGGAGGGUGAGGCAGGGCUGGGACAGUCUCCAGGGUCAGUCCCUGGAUGGGUGGUUACCUCCCCUUCCACCCUAAGCUCUGGGGCCCUUAUAUGGGGUGGGAGGCUGGGGUGGGAGCCCUCCUAGUGGGAUUUGGGGGGUUGGGUUCCUGAAUGCACCAUAAUCGCUGUAUGAAAUAUUAAAAAGCCUAAAGUGAAAA